AAAAUUCAGUUUUGACGCUUAAAGCAAUUAGGGAGAAUAUCACGUCAAAUAAUCGAUCGUUUGAUUAUAUAUCUGGUGCUAUCCACGCCAAGGAACUUCUUGAAGUGAAUACGACGUACCCAUACUAUACGGUAUGCGGUGAAUUUUUAGCGCCUAUGAUUCCAGGUGCUUGGCCAGCAUUCUGGAUGACUGGUACAACUUGGCCUCCUGAAGUCGAUAUCCUUGAAUUUAAAGGCGACAACAACGAUAAUUUUAAUAUUUACAUAGAUAAAAAUAUUCCCACUUACUGGAACCAAAUUCCGAUCACCUCUCCUAAGGAGUGGUAUACUUACUGUAUUUUUAUGGAGAAAGUAAAUAAUGCGGAUGUUAAUAUAACAUUUUCCCUUAAUAAUCAGAAUAAUAUAACGUAUACAGCAGUUGGGUAUGUCGGAAAACAAUUUUGGCUAAUUAUAAACUUGGAGAUGGAGGGAAGCUCAGGGCCUAAAGGACCGGAUAACGAUACAUAUUUCAUGGCUCGUAAU